GAGUUCUGCCCUCAUGACGAGUGUCCACAAUUAAUAAUGCCAACGACAAUUCCAAGCUCGUUUCCUUCCACCAUUCUCCACCAACAAUGACUCAAGGUGCUUCUGUCAAAGUUCCUGCACUAAGCAAGGAAAUCUCUGUUCCAACCGGUCUUUUCAUCAAUAACGAAUUCGUUGCAUCUGUGGAUUCGAAGGAUACAAUCCCGUGCUACAACCCAUCGACCGAGGAGCUCAUUUGCGAAGUCGUUGCAGCAUCUCCUAAGGAUAUCGACAAAGCCGUUCAAGCCGCUAGGGAGGCCUUUAACACAACAUGGGGAAAGAAUGUAAAUGGUUUUGAGCGCGCCAAACUGAUCCAUAAACUUGCCGAUCUCAUAGAACGAGAUGCACAAGAGCUCGCAGAACUCGAAACACUUAAUAAUGGAAAGCCUGUGAGGAUCGCGAAAGAUUUUGAUAUUGGAGAUACUAUACAAUGUCUUCGUUACUACGCUGGAUGGGCCGACAAGAUAACUGGCCAGACUAUCGAAAUUGAUAAUCAGAUCAAGUUCGCCUUUACGCGCCAUGAACCUAUUGGCGUUUGUGGACAAAUCAUUCCUUGGAACUACCCCAUUAAUAUGUGGGCGUGGAAAGUCGCACCAGCACUAGCUGUCGGUUGCACUAUUGUUAUGAAGCCAUCAGAAAAUACACCUCUUACCGCCCUUAAAUUGAGCGAGCUCAUCAAAGAAGCCGGUUUUCCGCGUGGUGUCGUAAACACGGUUCCAUCACUGGGGUCGGUCGGAGGUGCCGCUAUAGCCUCCCAUCUCGAUGUGGACAAGAUCGCGUUCACCGGCUCUACCAUUACUGGUAGAAAAAUCAUGGAGGCUGCCGCCAAAUCAAAUCUCAAAAAGGUAUCUUUAGAGCUUGGCGGGAAGUCGCCGCAGCUAAUAUUUGAAUCUGCGGAUUUGGAUCAAGCUGCCAACUGGGUGGCACUAGGGAUCUGCUACAAUACGGGUCAAGAUUGUACAGCUGGAUCUCGAGUGUACGUGCAAGAAUCAAUAUAUGGCCAGUUCCUACAAGUCCUGGUUAACAAGGUCAAAUCUACGAUCAUCGGCGACGGUUUCGAUGAAAAAUCUACUGGUGGUCCUGUCGUUUCCAAAGUUCAGUACGACCGCGUCUGGGGAUAUAUCGAAUCUGGAAAAUCCGAGGGUGCUAAAGUCGUCCUUGGCGGAGAAAAGAGGAGCACGAAGGGCUUCUAUGUUGACCCCACUAUCUUUGCGGACGUUCGUCCCGAUAUGAAAAUCGUUAAGGAGGAGAUUUUCGGUCCCGUUCUUUGUGUGGCACCCUUUAAGACAGAAGAAGAGGGAUGUGCUUUGGCGAAUGCUACCACAUACGGUUUGGGCGCAGGACUUCAUUCCACUGAUGCAAGCCAGUGCAUGAGGGUCUCCUCGAAACUAGAAGCUGGAACGGUAUGGGUAAACCAGUACAAUAUCCUGGCGAACAAUGUUCCAUUUGGUGGGAAGAAACAGUCGGGUAUCGGUCGUGAACUUGGCAGCUACGCACUGGAGGAAUACACGUCCGUUAAAGCCGUGCACUGGAACAUUGGCGAGAAGUUGGAAUGGCCACUGUAAUUCGAAAUCAGAAAGUAACCGUGUAACCGUGUAAGUAACUGCGUAUACGCACAAUUUGCGUUGAUGUCGGGGGUAACUAGAGCGUUUGUACGAUAGCUUGCGUUUGUUGACGAUGAAAUGUAUGCAAGAACGCUCGCAAUGAUGGGUAACAAUCAACAAGCAGCG